UCUCUCUCUCUUCAAACCCCCCUUGCAUUUAGAAUAGAAUCCGUCAACCCCAUCUCUCACGCUUCCUAUUUUUAACUCCAAAAAUUAAAAAUCAACUCAAAAAUCACAUACUUCAAAAAAAAAACUAAUGAAACAAAAAUAAAAGAAAACCAUUAAUACCCUCUCUCUCUAUUUAAAAAAAACAAAAAAACAAAAAAAAGCAAAACAAUCCUGCAAAAACCACCCUUCAUAUCCGAAAACCACUUUUUUGUUUGUUUAUUUUUGUCAACUACCCAAAAGCCGUUCCAUGGUUUAAUUCAUUUUUUGUUUUUCCAAUUUAAUUUUCGUUCUCAUAUAAUUUGUUUUGUGGGAUGAGAAAGAGAAAGAGAAGGUGAUGGGUGUAAUAGAGAAGUGGGGUACAUGGGAAGAGCUCCUCCUUGGUGGGGCCAUACUCCGCCACGGCACCCGAGAUUGGGACAUCGUCGCCGCUGAGCUCCGUGCCCGAAACCAGUCUUCUCCCUACAUUUUCACCCCCGAGUUAUGUAAAGCCAAACAUGAGGACUUGCAACAGCGUUAUUCUGGAUGCACGGCUUGGUUUGAUGAGCUACGGAAGAAGCGAAUGGAAGAGUUGAGGCGAGCUCUAGAGCUAUCUGAGGACUCAAUUGGGUCACUAGAAUCAAAGCUUGAAUCUCUCAAGGCUGAGAAAUGGGAUGGCUGUCAUGUUGGUUAUGGCUCCAUCCGGACUGAAUCACCUGUUCCUUUUCAAAAAUCAGAGGGAGUUGAAUCUUCUGGUAAAGAGAUAUCUAAGGAUGGGCUAUCUGCUGGUAGUUUCACAGAGGAAACCCGUACAAAUUGGUUGGCUGAAUGUCAGAAUCCUGGAGUGAUGCCAACUGAAGGGGUGGAGACAAAGCUGGAAACUUCACAGUCUUCUGAGCAGGAUAAAGUGUCAGGUAUCAAGAAAGUGGCAGAGACUUUAUAUGGGGGACGAGGAGGGGGUGUGAGAAAGAGGAGGGGAAAGAGAAAGAGAAAAGAUUGCAGUUGGGAUGUCAAGGAAGGUAGUGUUGGAGAAAGUGAAUUUGUGGGUUUGGCUGAUGUUUUAACUCCCUCCCGGUGUAAAGAAAAUUCAAUCAGCAACAGUGGUGAGGAUGCUGGAUCUUCUGGUGCUGAUAACAGAAGUUUGGGUAAGGAUGGAAUUGAUGUUCUGAUGGAGAUUUAUAAUUCUCUUUUGGAGAAUAAAAGUGCAAGUGUCUUCUGUCGACGACUUGAUAGCCAGAAGAGGGGAAGAUACAAGAAAAUGAUCCAGCGGCACAUGGAUUUUGACACAAUAAGAUCAAGAAUUGCUAGCCAUUCCAUCACAUCUGCUUUGGAACUCUUCCGAGAUCUACUGCUGCUCAGUAACAAUUCAUUGGUCUUUUACUCCAAGAACACACGUGAAUAUAAAUCGGCUCUACUCCUCAGAGACCUCAUCACCCAAAAAUUGAGGCAGCAUUCUAGGGAUUCUAGCAGCAAGGCUACCACUGCCAACCAUUCCAUUGAAACCCCAAUGCCUAAUCGUACUGUCAAACCCCGAAGUGCUCGCCCUGCCAACAACAAGGUGCCAGGAAAAGUAGCUAAUACCGGGAAUGCUGCUACGAAGACCUCAAGUGGAGGUAAAAGACCAAGUAUUGCUGAUUUCCCUUCAUCAUUAGAAUACUUGGCUGUGACAAAUAAAGGCUUUGGUCGGUCAAGAAAAAGUGGACGUGGAAGUGCUAGUCAAGAACCUGUUGCUCCCAUGAAAGGAAGGAAGAGAGUUCAAGCAAGUGAGUCAAUCGUCCAAACACGCAAUCGCUAAAGAUACUUGAAGAAUGAAGAACCUACAAAGUUCACCGGUGUGGUGCUGACCAAGUUCCUAUGAAUUUAGGCUCCUCCCUUAUAGGGGCGUAGUGGAGUUAAUGUCCCGAGAUAUUUGGGCCUAACUUCCUAUACUUGGGAGAUACAAAUAUCUAGAAGGAUCUUUAGGUAUGGUGUGCAAGUUCUUUCUUUAUGAAGAUAACAAAGUGGUGGACACGCAAAUGGCUUGGAGGACUAAGUGUAGAAGAUCAUCCAUUGCUACGGGAUAUUGGACGAAUGGGCAUAGGACGGAUCGCAUCACAAGGUGCCAAGCAUGGGUGCCAGACAAUGCUCUUGUACGUGACGAUCCGUCGGAAUCCUAACAACUCUGAUAUAUUAGAUUUAUUUUGUUUUGGUCAAAAUAUUCCCUAUCAAGUACAAAUGGGAUCUUUUUGUAUUUUUUGCUUCUUGGAGAGAAUCUUCCCAAGGCCGUAUUUGUAUCCUUGCCAAAGAUAUCACAGAAUAGGAUUUAUUGUUGCCGUGAUAAAAGUAAUAAUUGUAGGAAAUUAUUCUCAAGGAAUCUAACAAGAUUUGUUAGCUGCCUGUCUUGAAUUUCAAAUGUAUUAGACCUAUCUGC